AUGUCCCAACCAGGCGAGGCAGAAGUCAAGGAUGCGGCGACCAAAGCGUUGGACAGGGAAGCUGCAAAGGAAGCCAAGAGGUUAGCAAAGGAAGCCAAAUUCGCCAAGAAGAGCGCCGCGGCUGGUGCUGCUGCUGCUGCUGGUGCUGCUGCUGGUGGGGCAGGUGCUGAUGGUGGUGGGGGAGGUGGGGCCAGCAUCAGCAGCGGUAGCAGCAAGAAAGGGGAAAAGGGUGCAAACGCAAGUGUCAAUGCGACUGCGAGCCAGACUGUCAAGGGUGGCCACGCUGCUGCUGCCGCUGCUGCUGCUGCUGCUGCUGCUGCUGCUGCUGCUGCUCCUGGUGGAAGCUCGAGCGGGCGCAGCAAAACAACCAGCAGCGCGCCAGUUUCGCACCCAGAUGCCCGCUUGUUCAGCAACGUGGUGGAUCGGCAUCCGCGCUCCCACGACGCUUUCUUCGCUUCAAAGAUUGGCAGUACGCACGCUCAAUUGCAUCCCAGCAUCAUCCGACUCUCUUUUCUCAUCUCCACCUUCAACUUGAUGGGCGCAUCUGCGCGUACCAUUGGCGUGCUGGGCGCAUUCAAGGAUGUGGUCAGGGAUUACAGGACGCCAAAAGGGGCGGUGCUCAGCAGAGACCUGAUCGGCAAAUUGGCACCGCAAAUCAAUGCGCUGGUCCAUGCCAGACCUUUGGGGCAGGGUGUGGCUCACGCUAUCCGCUAUCUCAAGUACGAGGUCAGCCUGCUCGAUCCCAGCCUGGCACAAGAGCAGGCCAAGGAGCACAUCAUCUCUCGCAUAGACCACUUUAUUCGAGACAGGAUCAUUUUGGCAUCCACCGUCAUUCAAAACGUCAUCUUUCAAAAGCUGCGGGCAGCGGGAGAAGUCGUGCUGACGUAUGGCAGAUCCAGCGUGGUGGAAGCGUCGCUCAUCUCUGCUUCAUCGCGUGGCAAAAGCUUCAGAGUCAUCGUGGUGGACUCGGGUCCACUGUACGAAGGCAGGAGAACACUGGCCAGGUUGCUCGAGGCUGGCAUUGAGUGCGAGUAUGCGCUGCUCAACAGCUUGCCUGGUGUUAUUGGGGAUGCGAGUCUGGCAAUCCUCGGCACCGCUAGUCUACUGGCCGAUGGCAGUCUGUACGCUAGAGCAGGAACGGCCAGCGUGGCUCUGAUUGCACGUGCCAAGGGCGUGCCUAGCAUUGUCGCUUGCGAGACUUUCAAAUUUAGCGAGAGGGUGCAAUUGGACGCGCUAGUGGGCAACGAAGCGGGCGAUCCUCUGAACUUGCUCAGCUUCGACAGCGCCGCUGCCAACCCUCAAUUACGGCCGACGGAUCUGCAAGCACCGAACUUGGGCGUCAAGAGCCUGCUUUACGACCUCACGCCUGCCAGGUACAUUACAGCAGUGGCUAGCGAAGUGGGACUCAACGGACCCGAGAGCGUAGGGGUCAUUUUGCGGGAUUACAAAAGCACACCUUGGAAUUGAGAGCUUUACAAAUCGGUGAAUGGGUGCGCAUCUGACACGAGGGUCUUUCGAGAAGCCAGCUUUGGGACGCCCGGGUAAUGCUCAACGCAGACAGCUGUCUACAUACGUCGCGAGAUGCUGAGCACGGCCGCACACGCGACGCGUCGAUGAGGUACACCUUUCACCAAGCGGCGUUUCUACCAGUGCGGCGCAGGUGGCAUUGUGAGGUGUCUGAGCCUCGAUGCGUACGACGAGGGAGAUUGCACAGCGUGGUCGGGCAGCGCGACGUUCCGUGCGUCGGUCUCGAGCGGAGCAGGGUGG